AAAAACUAAAAGCUGUGGGUGAAGUUUUUAGAGGCUCCAAACAAGCCCAUGUUUAUCGGUACCCCAAAUGAAAAUUCCUACCCAUUACGUGUGAGGUCUUACUCUUAUCCCUCCCCAAUAAUACGUCUCAAACGAUACAUCCACCAACUUUCUCUCGUAUGAAUAUUGUGUAUAUAAAGCCUUCACAAUCAACACCUUCUUCUUCAUCUCUCUAUUGUUCUCUGUUUGAAACCAACAUGGAGAACGAUAUUGUCAGCAUGAGGACCUUUGACAUGGAUGCACUUAAGACAAAUCUUCCACAGAAGAGAGGACUGUCAAGGUAUUACUCGGGAAAAUCGAGAACAUUUACUUGCAUGGCUGAUGUUCGUUGCCUUGAGGAUUUGAAGAAACCAGAACAUCCAGAAGCUAAGAAGAGGAAGAAAUAUUCGGAGAGGAAGGACAUCAAUCAUUCGCCAUGUAGAAGAGUUUCCAGUAGCACUCAAUGUGCCACUCCAUACGUUAAUUGAGAGUUUUUUCUCCACAUUGUGUAUGUAAGUUCAAAUUUCAACAAUACAUGUAAAAGGUUUCAUUUUCUGUAGUCGUAUUUCAAACCCUCUUUAAUGCAAUGAACUAUGCCUUUUCAAAUGAAGCAAGAAGCAAUUCCCAAGUUUGCAAUUUCAUAUCAUGGAUGAGCAUCUUCUCUACUAGCAGGACGAAUUGAAUGCUACCUUUGCUUUGAUGCCAUUGCAUCUUAUGAUUUAAAAAGAAAUAUUACAUGCACUCAAAGAUUGCUGUCCUAAAAAAGGAAAGUCUCAAAUAGCACCUGAGAAAGUUGUAACAUUAUGGUCAUUAAGUCAAUCACCGAGUUCGUUUGGGUCAAUCUCCAUCAAUGCUACAGUCCAACUAACCUUUAGUUAAUUUAGCUAAGGAAAA